UGUUAACAAAUUCACCACACAGCCCCCUCUCCUCCUGCAUCUUAUUCACACACAUACACACAGUAGAGAGAGAGAGAGAGAGAGAGAGAGAGAGAGAGAAUUUCACCUCUUCCCUGUUGCAUUAUUUUCUCUCUCUGACUUGCCAUAGCUUACCUUAGCUUAGUAGAAGAAGAGGAGGAAGAGAAGGAAAUAAUUAAUUAUAGAAGAUAAGGGAAUCCUAUGCUGGGAGGGGAGGGCGGCGGCGGUGGAGAAGAAGCUGGGCCUCCGGGCAUGGUGGGCAGCAGCGGGGAGAAUGAGGCGGGCCAAGGAAGCGGCGAGGAGCGGGGCGGGGGGCUGUUCGGGAGCGGGAACCGGUGGCCGAGGCAGGAGACGCUGGCCCUGCUGAAGAUACGAUCCGACAUGGACGUGGCCUUUCGGGACUCCAGUGCAAAGGGCCCGCUGUGGGAAGAGGUUUCAAGGAAGCUAGCGGAGCUUGGUUAUCAUCGGAGUGCCAAGAAAUGCAAGGAGAAGUUCGAGAACGUCUACAAAUACCAUAAGAGGACCCGAGAGGGACGAACCGGGAAGCAAGACGGCAAGACAUAUCGGUUUUUCGACCAGUUAGAGGCAUUCGAUAAUCACCCUCAGAUCACAUCGGCUCCGCCAUCACUGCCCCUGCCAGCCAACGUGGUACCCCCACCGGCAUUGCCGAGUACGUCACCAACUAACCCUCCCACUGCGGCUGUUCCAUCAGCAACGACCCAGAAUGUCGUUCCGAAUAUUGUUACCAAUUCGGUGAAUUACCUCCAGCACACCUCACUGCCGGUUCCCAACCCUACGACUGUUCCACAGUCGGUAGCAAACCCUAGCAAUCCUUUUCCGGUCAUGUCCAAGGAUGUGCACCCGCAUUCGACCUCUUCCUCAACCUUCUCGGAUGAAGGGCUUCGGGGAGGUGGAGCAGGAGGAGGUGGCGAUGGACUUCGGCACAAGAGGAAGAGGAAAUGGAAGGGCUUCUUUGAGAGGCUGAUGAAGGAGGUGAUGGACAAGCAAGAGGAGCUUCAGAAGAAGUUCUUGGAGGCAAUAGAAAAACGCGAGCAUGAGAGGUUGGUUCGAGAAGAAUCCUGGAGGAUGCAGGAGAUGGCGAGGAUCAAUAGGGAACGCGAGAUCUUGGCCCAGGAGCGAUCCAUGGCUGCAGCCAAGGAUACCGCGGUUAUGGCCUUCUUACAGAAGAUAGCCGAUCAACAACCUGGACUGGCGGCAGUACAGAAUACAAAUAAUAACCUACCAACAACCGCAAGCACACCCUCUCGCGCUCGCGCUCCCGCCCCACCACCACCUCCACCGCCACAACUGCAGCUUCAACCAGUGGCUCUGCCAGUUGAAGCGCCACCACCUCAGCCAAGCGCAAACAUUGAAUUCCGGAAAAGUGACAAUGGAGAUAGCCAUAGUAUCGUUCCACCUCCAACUAGCUCUUCCAGAUGGCCUAAAGUUGAGGUUGAAGCAUUGAUCCGCCUUCGGACGAAUCUCGACUCUAAGUACCAAGAGAAUGGACCUAAGGGCCCGCUAUGGGAGGAAAUCUCGUCCCAAAUGAGAAAGCUCGGAUACGAGCGAAGCUCCAAGAGGUGCAAAGAGAAAUGGGAGAACAUCAACAAGUACUUCAAGAAGGUAAAGGAAUCGAACAAGAAGCGGCGCGAGGAUUCGAAGACUUGUCCAUACUUCCAACAACUGGAUGCUAUAUAUCGGGAGAGGAGCAGCAAGAUUAUGGACAUGGCACCGCUUAUGGUGACUCCGGAGCAACAAUGGCAUCCCCAGCAAGACCAGUCCCGACCAGAUCUAGCAAUGGAUGAUAUGGAAAGCGAGCACAUGGACCACGACCUAGAUGAGGACCAUGAUGACGGAGACGAUGAGGAAGAAGACGGAGGCGAGUACGAGAUAGUAGCCACAAGCAAGCCAUCUACGAAUGGCGAUACCCAGUAACACAGUCGAAUAAUUCAAGGUACAUACUGCCAGAGAAAGCAUUCGACUGUUUGUGCUAGAUCAGGUCUCUAUCGAUGGUACAAUAUCGAUGAUUAAGAAAUUGUGGGAUCACCCGCAAUGUUCGUUCAGAUUUCAGAUCUGGGCUAUCAGAAGAUUUAAGUGGGUAUAUGUGAUUCAUAUCAAAUGGGCGAGCAUGAUGAUGGGAGAGAGGAAUCUGAUUUUUGCACACUAUAAAAUACACCUGGAUGGGUCGACCAGAAGUAGAAUGGUAGUGAAGUGGGAUUAUUAUUUUUUACUUUUUUACAUGUUUAUGUAUAAUUUAUUAAUUUUUUUUGCCGAAUAAUAAAAAUCAAGACGAACAAGAGAGAGAAGUUAGGUAUUCAUGGGGGCUCUUACAUAAUAAAAAUUGAGAUAGGGAUGUAAGUUUUCUUACAUGUGCAGUGGGGUCAUUGAGGUGUAAAUGUUGUAAAACGGACAACUGUUUGUGUUUAAUUAUAGAUUUUCCCUCUUUUUUUUUCCUUCUUCUUUGAA